GCCGGCUUGGACACUGCCCCGACAGCCUCUUCUCCAGGCUGAGGAGCUGUUGCUUAACUUGUCUUCGGUUUGUUAGUUCGUAAGGUGCUCCCAGAGAGGGGAAGGGAGGGGGGUGGCUUCAGGCUGGAAGAGGGGAGACUGAGCUGAGCUAUUUGGAAGAAAUGCUUCCCUGGGGGGGUGUGAGAGCCUGGCCCAGGCUGCCCAGGGAAGCUGUGGCUGCCCCAUCCCUGGCAGUGUUGAAGGGCAGGUUGGAUGGGGCUUGGAGCAGCCUGGGCUGCUGGGAGGUGUCCCUGCCCAUGCAGGGGGGUGGAAGUAGAUGUUUUUUAAGGUCCCUUCCCACCCAAACCAGUCUGGGAUUCUGUAAGUAAGGAUACUUGGCAGUUGGAGGAGCAGCGUGGGGAUGGUGGUGGUGGACAUUCCUGUCACCCAGGUGUUGCUGCUGGCCCUCAGCCUCCUUGAAACAACGCAGCUGCAGAGCCUGCAGCUCCAGCUGGGACGGGUCUGGUCUUCCUGAGUAAAACACUGUCACCUCAGAGGGCACCUCUGGUGUCUCAGAAAAUGCACAACAUGCGGCUAAUGUCUGCAUAACAAUUGCCUGUUUUGUGGGUUAAUGUUGCAUUCUGAUAUGCUUGUAAUAGAUCUACCUGAAAAUGUAUUGGUUCGCUCCCUUUUUAACAAUUGCAGCUGCAUGAGCCUGUGUGCCUGGUUUGCUCUCUCAUGCCAUAGGUGUGGUGAUGUCUCUGGUUUUAAAAAUGUUUUAUAUUGAUAUGUUUUCAUCCUCUCUUUUUCCCAAAUCAGACUUCGAUGUUGAAACUCACAAUAGGUCAAAUUCUGUCUCAUGUCAGCAGCAACCCAAGCCUGACAGUCUCUGGCACACUGCUCUCCUGUGUUUGGGCAGCUGAUCCUCACCUGGGGAUAGCUGGGCAGGCCUUUUCAGCUCCACCGUGCAGGGCUCUGCUGUGACUCCUGCAGGGAUGCAGAUGUUUCAGCUUCUGCACGUUGGGCUUCGUGGAGGUGCCUCCUGUGACAGAGUCAAGAGCUGAGGCCCGUGGGCCACUGCAGGAUGAGGGGUUGUCCCCACCUCUGUCCUGGUGCAGCUCCUGUGCUGUGUGGGGUCAUCCUGCCAGUGAGAGGAUCCGAGGGGCUUUACAUGGUGAAUGGGCCACCCAGUUUCACAGAGAGCACAGCGUUUCAAAGGGACUCUGGAAAAAAUUGCAAGGUUGUUGCUUUUAGCAAGGACGGUUCCCUCUUUGCCUGGUGCAACGGAGAAAAAGUAAACCUAGUUAAUGUCACCAGUGCUGAGUUGCUGUGCUCCUUUGAUCUCCCGAAGGUGGUUUGCCUCGCGUUCUCGCCCAAGAACAGUGUCCUGGCCACCUGGCAGGCCUACACAACUGCUAAAGAUGGCACAGCAGGGCUGCCCAACCUGCAGCUUCAUGAUGUGAAAACUGGAAAAUGCUUAAAAUCCUUCAUCCAGAAGAAGAUGCAGAACUGGUGUCCUUGCUGGGCAGAUGAUGAGAGCAUUUGUGCCAGGAAUGUAAACAAUGAAGUGCACUUCUUUGAAAACAACGACUUCAACACUAUUGCAAAUAAACUACAUUUGCAGAAGGUUAAUGAUUUUGUGUUAUCUCCAGGAGCACAGCCAACCAAGGUGGCCGUGUAUGUGCCGGGCAGCAAGGGAGCUCCCUCCUUCGUCAGGCUCUACCAGUACCCCAGCUUUGGUGGCCCCCAGUCUGCACUGGCCAACAAGAGCUUCUUUAAAGCUGACAAGGUGACAAUGCUGUGGAACAAGAAAGCCACGGCCGUGCUGGUGGUCGCCAGCACCGAGGUGGACAAGACGGGAGCCUCGUACUACGGCGAGCAGACCCUGCACUACAUCGGCACGGACGGGCAGAGCGCCGUGGUGCAGCUGCCAAAAGAUGGCCCUAUUUAUGACGUAGUUUGGAGCCCCAGUUCUGUGGAGUUCUGCGUGGUGUACGGUUUUAUGCCUGCCAAAGCAACAGUUUUUAACCUGAAAUGUGACCCCGUGUUUGAUUUCGGCACCGGUCCCCGCAAUGCUGCCUACUACAGCCCCCACGGACACAUCCUGGUGCUGGCAGGGUUUGGAAAUCUGCGGGGACAGAUGGAAGUGUGGGACGUUAAGAACUACAAACUCAUUUCCAAGCCAGUAGCCUCGGAUUCCACCUACUUCGCGUGGUGUCCUGACGGGGAGCACAUCGUUACAGCCACCUGUGCUCCCAGGCUGAGGGUCAGCAACGGCUACAAGAUCUGGCACUACACUGGCACUCUGCUGCACAGCUACCAGGUUCCCUCCAACGAGGAAAUGUGGCAGGUGUCCUGGCAGCCCUUCCCGGAUGGCGUGUUCCCAGCAAAAGCCGUGAAGUACCAGGCGGUGCCGAGCGAGCUGCCCAGCGCUGAGCCCAGGCCUGCUCAGGCCUACAGGCCUCCAGCCCUCAGGAACAAGCCUGCCACCAGCUCCAAGCUUCAUGAGGAUGAGCCACCUCAGAAUAUGAAGCCUCAGUCGGGAAGCAGUGAUAAGCCACUCUCUAAAACAGCUCUCAAAAACCAAAGGAAGCAUGAAGCCAAGAAAGCUGCUAAACAGGAGGCCAAAGCCGAAGCCAGCCAGGAAGGCAGGCAGUGCCCAGCAGCGGCCAGCGCCCCGCGCGGUGCUGCGCCCGCCUCCUCGGGGGAUCCCGAGCUUGACAAGAAGAUCAAGAACUUAAAAAAGAAGCUAAAGGCAAUUGAGCAGCUGAAAGAACAAGCAGCUGCUGGCAAACAGCUGGAGAAGAAUCAGUUGGAGAAGAUUCAGAAGGAAACUGCUCUCCUGCAGGAACUGGAAGAGCUAGAACUGGGUCUUUAAAACUCCUUGGAAAUCCAGUACAGUGUUUACACAAAGUCCAUGAAAAAUAUAAAUUGUAUUAACUUGAAAACAAUAAAACGUUUCAGCAAAUGA